CUACUGAUUUAAUAUGGCUAAGUAGAAAACACGUAAGUAGAAUUGAUGGAUUCCAUUAGCUUGUGCGUCUAAUUCCACUUCCAGAUAGAAAAUUGGAGAUGCUUGUUAUAAGUUAAGCUUGGUAAUUACAACAAUAAAACAAUGGAAGUAACUUCUUCAAAUUUUCAAGAAGUCCUGGCAGAAUUGGAUGACAUUUUAAAAAAUGCCUCUUUCCUUGGAAUUGAUGGAGAAUUCACAGGACUUAAUUCAGGACCUGAUGCUGGUGCCUUUGAUACACCUGCUCAAUAUUAUGCAAAAUUGAGAGCAGGAUCAAUGGACUUUCUUCUUAUACAAUUUGGCCUUUCUGUAUUUACAUUUAAUAAGGAAACAAAUAAGUACAAUCAGCGCUCAUACAACUUUUACGUUUUUCCGCGGCCGCUAAAUCGCGCAGCGCCUGAUUGCAGAUUUAUGUGUCAAACCUCAUGUAUGUCGUUUUUGGCUAGUCAAGGAUUUGAUUUUAACAAACUUUUCAAACUGGGUAUUCCUUAUCUAACUGUAAUCGAAGAAGAAAAGUUAACAAGACGUUUAGAAGAAAAGCAAAAGAUAAAGGAUGAAACACCAGAAUUAAUACCUAUUUCAGACGAUGAUAGACCUCAAAUUGAGGAUAUUUGUUCAAGGAUAGAAGAGUUUAUUACUUCUGAAACUGAAGAAUUGUUAAUAGAGAAGUGUAAUGCUUACAUUAGACGGUUAGUGCAUCAAGAAGUAAAGAUAAGGUGGCCGAAUAAAUUGAAAGUUGAAAGUAGAAUGGAUAAUUUUGGGUGCAGUCUUGCGAUACAAAGAUUAGGAACCAAAGAAGAAGAGGAACAGAAGGACAUUCUGAAAAAAGAAAAAGAAAAGUUAGAGAUUAAGCAAGCUGUUGGAUUAAGUAUGCUUAUGAGGAAAAUCGCAGACUGUGGAAAGUUAAUAGUUGGUCACAAUAUGCUGUUAGAUCUCUGUCAUAUAGUCCAUCAAUUUUUCGGACAAUUACCGGAAAGUUAUUUGGAAUUUAAGACGCUUCUUCAUAGUUUGUUCCCUAAGAUCUUAGACACAAAAAUAAUUUGUCAUUCGCCACAAUUUAGGGAACACGUACCAUUGUCGAAUCUAAAUGUAUUACUAGAAACAAUCAGUAAAUCCCCAUUUAAAAUGCCAGAAGUAGAAUCCGUCGAUGGUAGAAGUUAUUCGACAUUAGCGGAAAAAUGUCACGAGGCAGGUUAUGAUGCAUAUAUUACUGGAAUAUGUUUUAUAGCACUAUCGGAUUACUUAGGCACUUUACAAACACCUGAAGUUUCGGUAGUUCUAUCGGAUUCGCCUUUGCUUAACCCGUUCUUAAACAAACUCAUUAUAGCAAGAUUAAAAGAUAUUCCAUAUAUAAAUCUCAUUGGAGACGAUCCAAAUCCUAGCAGAGAUCAUGUGUUCCAUUUAACAUUCCCAAAAGACUGGAAACUCAGUGACAUAUGCCAGCUAUUUAGUCCAUUUGGAGGUGUAUACGUGUCGUGGUUAUCCGACACGACAGCAUACGUAGGAUUAAAUCGUCGCGAACAAGUUAAUGCGGUAGUGAAAAAUCUCUGUAAAACAAGUGCAUAUACGAUACAAAGGUACGCCGAAUACCAAUCAUCUUUAGACGUGAACAUUAGUACAGGAGAACGAAAAAGAAAAUUAUCUUCAUUUGAGACUGCUGUGAUUGCCGUGGCAAUGAGACUGCCGUUCCGAGAAAAUGUGCUUAAACUUCUUCGAACGAUGAGAAGACUCAUUACUACUCGCCUUUGACGAUGUUACUCGGAAUAUACUGAAUGGGUUACCUAAUAUUACGAAUUUUGUAAAUAUUGUUUAUAGAGAAAAAUGAAUUAACAUAAAGUGUAUUAUUUUAAGGAGGAUAUACAGUGGAUCAAACGAGACUUUUUUACUUAUAGACUGGCUUCAAAUCUUUGAAGCUGAAUAUUGGUUUCUCAAAUGAGAACAUGCGUUUUUUUAUAACAAAAUUUUAUUAUAUUUUUUAUCUGAGUAUAAUCAUCUCGGUUUUUAAAUUUCAUUUUACUGACCCAUCUUAUGUCUUCCUUAAAACCAUACAACUUUAACUUAUAAUUUUCUACACGUAAUAAUAUUGAAAUGAAGGUGAUAAUAUUAGGUGACCCAAUUUGUAUAAUGUACCUUACAUUUCGGAAACAUCCCCGCAAAAUCCAGAUCUUAAUCCAAUUGAGCAUUUAUGGGCAGAAAUUAGGAAGACUAUGCCCAUGCUUACAACAUUUUAUUGAAUGUUAACUUUAUUUUUACAGUAACGAUACUUAAGUGUUACUACUGGAAUAAAUAAUUUUAGAACUAA